AUGCAGAGUGAAAAACUUACAUCUCAACAGAUCGAAGAGUUCAAGGAAGCUUUCUCCAUUUUUGACAAAGAUGGUGAUGGAAAGAUUUCCGCUUCCGAACUUGGAACAGUCAUGAGAGCUUUGGGACAGAACCCUACACAACAAGAAUUAAAUGAUCUCGUGAACGAGAUCGACACAAAUGGCAACUCAACAAUCGAAUUCUCAGAGUUCCUAACGAUGAUGGCCAGACAAAUCAAAGAGCAGGAUGUUGAAGAGGAGAUUUUAGAAGCCUUCAAGGUGUUUGAUAGUGAUGGUGAUGGAAAAAUUUCACAAACUGAGUUGGUGAGAGUUCUUACUACAAUUGGUGAAAAACUCACAGAUGAGGAAGCCAAACAAAUGUUGCAGGCUGCGGACACAGAUGCUGAUGGUCAGAUCGACAUUGAGGAGUUUGCAAAGGUGUUGCGUGGAAAAUGA